AUGCAGCGAACUGCUUCAGCGCCAAAAAAGAGAAAGGUUGCUGAGAUAAAGAUCAAGUCCAAAGGCACACCAGUCCAACGGACUCGCGGCAAGUCUCAUCAAAGAUCCCGCAAAACCAAGCCGCUCAAUUCAAGCAACAAAAAACCAUCACUGCUACUCGCUCUUGCACCUGAGCUUCGUACUCGGAUAUGGCAAUAUGCUCUGAUCGAAGAUGAGCCCAUUCUGAUCAAUGAAUGGAAGCAUGGGAGCUUCGUUCGAGUUAGACAACCACCACUCCUCCGGACAUCUCGGCAGAUUCGUAACGAGGCCAUUGGGAUAUGGUUCACAGACAACACCUUCCUCUUCAGAGCAUGUCACACACUCAGCUUCAAGCCGCUCCUACCAUUCUGCAAACAAGUUAGGAAAUAUCAUCAAGAUCCGAAAGUCCGCAUUCAGGCGGAGAUCUGUCGAAGCACGACGCCCUUUGGCAUCGAUGGGACCGAUCUGGACGACUUGAUGGAGUGGCUGAAACUCUACCACUCUGACCCUGAUCUCAUACCCAUUCCUGCUCAAGAUGCAGAUACAUUUCUCAUGAUGAGCAAGACACUAGCAAGUGGGACAUUUGGCGUCGUCAAUGGAAUGCUUGCCAGGCCUUGGGAAGCUGUCGAGCUGAAGUUGAGCGCUCAUAUGCUCGCCAUCAUCGAUCGUACCGAAGAAGAGACGAGAGAGCUCAUGGAACUCGACCUCUUGGACCAGAUCCAUGCCCGUGCAGCAAUGGAUAUGGAUGAUUUCGAGGACGAUUUCGGGACUGACUCCGACGACGAGUACGAUGAUGACGACGAGUCAGACGUUGAGAUCAGCAUUGAGAACAUGGAUUGA